UGUGCGCCCUGUUGGUGCUCGCCCUGUGCUGCUGCCCGUCCGUGUGCGCGGGAGACACUCAGUCUCAAGCUGCCGCUUCUUCCCAGACGACCACGGCGACCACACCCCCGGCAUCAGUCCCCGAGGAGAAGUCCAAACCCAAAUCUAAUGUUGUUGUCGUUCCACCGCCUUCACUACCAGAUCCAUCACACCGGGAGGCCGGUUCGACAGGGUCGUCAAGUUUGGGGUCCGUGGCAAAGCCGGGAAAUGAUGGCGGAGAGGGACCAGGAUCUACCAGUACGGGAACGAAACCAAAUGAGGUGUCCAAUACGUUACAGGCAGAUGGUAAUAAGGGUACUACAGGGUUACCCAGUGAAAAGAGACUAUCCGAGGAUCGGGCAAAUAGGGAGUCUGAAGAUUCUACCGAGGAGACCACUACCACCACAACAAAGGCACCAACCACGACGACGACCACUGCGCCAGAGGCACCAACCACGACAACCACCACUGCGCCAGAGGCACCAAGUACUACGACUACAGAGGCGCCAGCUGUGUCGACCACCCGCGCACCGUCACGUCUUCGCGAAAUGGACGGCAGCCUCAGCAGCACUGCGUGGGUGUGUGCCCCGCUGGUGCUUGCCGUAUCCGCGCUGGCGUACACCACUCUGGGCUGA